AUGUCUUCAGAUCAAUCCACGGUUGCUAUUAAGGAGCAGUUUGGCAAAUUUGACGAAGUACUUCAGCCUGGAUGUCAUUGCCUCCCUUGGUUCCUUGGAAAACAGUUGGCUGGCCAUCUCUCCCUUCGGCUGCAGCAGUUGGACGUGCGCUGUGAGACAAAGACAAAGGACAAUGUAUUUGUCAAUGUAGUGGCAUCAAUACAGUACCGUGCCCUGGCAGACAAGGCAAGUGAUGCUUUUUACAGACUCAGCAACACCAGGAAUCAAAUUCAGGCCUAUGUCUUUGAUGUGAUAAGGGCAAGCGUCCCAAAAAUGAAUCUUGAUGAUGCUUUCGAGCAGAAAAAUGAAAUUGCUAAGGCCGUUGAAGAUGAACUUGAAAAGGCUAUGUCUGCUUAUGGGUACGAAAUUGUCCAGACUCUAAUUGUUGACAUAGAACCAGAUGAGCAUGUUAAGAGAGCAAUGAAUGAAAUUAAUGCCGCUGCUAGGAUGAGGUUGGCUGCUAACGAGAAGGCAGAGGCUGAAAAGAUUUUGCAAAUUAAGCGCGCCGAAGGUGAAGCAGAGGCUAAAUAUCUCUCGGGAUUGGGUAUUGCUCGCCAACGUCAGGCAAUUGUUGAUGGUUUAAGAGAUAGUGUGCUUGGUUUCUCAGUUAAUGUGCCUGGAACCACUGCAAAGGACGUAAUGGACAUGGUACUCGUCACUCAGUAUUUCGAUACAAUGAAAGAAAUUGGGGCUGCUUCCAAGUCUUCUGCUGUGUUCAUUCCACACGGACCAGGUGCAGUCCGUGAUGUGGCUAGCCAGAUUCGUGAUGGACUUCUUCAGGCUUCUACUCAGGAUCAUUUGUCUUAA